AUGAAAUAUAAAUUAGAAGGUAUUUUACCUAUUUUACUAUCAAAAGAUUAUAAGGAAUUUAAACAGAUAUUUCCUGUUGGUGGUGUUCCACGUCAGUUGACUCACAGUUGGAUACAAUUCUUUCAUGAUAUAGUACAGUUAAAUUCGGGAAUGAGAGAUUGUUAUCUAAUAGAUUACUCUGUACCAGAGUUUAAUGAUUUAGCAAAGUUCAUAAAAGCGUUCAAAGUAAAUAUUAAUAAGAAUAAAAAAAUAUAUAAUGUAAAAUCUAAUUCAAAUUCAAAUGUAGCCAAAGAUACCAGAGAUAUUAAAGAAUCUAUCAUUGUUGGUCACAAACCAGAGUUUAUAAGUAGACUUGAAUAUGAUAUUGAAUCAAACUUUUCAUCCUAUACAUUUGUAGAUGUAUCUCCAUGUCUAAGUAAUCCAAUCAUUUGUAAAGAUAUUCAAUAUCAUAAAGAUUGUUUAAAAUCAUUGGCAUCAGAGAUCAUUGUUAGACUUAAAAAGGAUGAUAUCCCAAGUGAAAUGAUCUCGGAUUGGUUUAAAUCAUCAUCAUCAUCGUCGUCGUCGUCGAUGGUGCUUGAUGAAUCACCUACUGAAUCAGUAGGAACAAUAUUUAAAAAGAUAUAUCCACCUGUUUUAAGUGGUUGGCUAUGUAAUUACCCAGUUAUCUAUUGCAACAGUGCAGAAUGUGGUUGUUCAAAGAUAUCGUCACCUCAAACUCAAGAGACUCUCUCAAAAUGGAAUUCAAACUGUAUAACUAUGACUGAACUCACUCGCUAUGAAGUACAAGUCGAUCAACCACUUAAAGACUUUCAAAAUCUAUCAUCAAUGCAAAAUUUAAAGAGAAUACAAAGUUUUACUGUACCAUCAAUACUCCUAAGAUCGAUAGGCAGUGAAACAACAACAACAACAACAACAACAACUACAACUACAAAUACAAACACAACAACAACAACUACUACUGAUAAUAACAACAAUAAUAAUGAUAAUGAUAAUUUAAUUAAACCAAUAAUUGAUAAAUGGAUGGAAAAGACAAUGUCAAGACAAUCAAAAUUAAAAAGAAAGAUAUGGGAGUCAAUGAAUGUAAAAGUCACCUACGUUUCGAAUAUGGAGAAUAAUAGAAAUAUUAUAUUAAUUAGUGAUGCUAUUGGUUUAGUUGGUGCUUUCAUUAUCAAUGAACUAAUUGCUAUUGUAAAGGAGAAUAAAGACGAGUGGAAUGUUGAAAUCAGAGCUGGCUAUCAUACUGCUGCACAGUUGGAAAUAGGUGUGAAGACUCACGCUGAGAAUAGCUUUGUUAAGCCUGUUUUAGUUGCUUGGGAGGAUUUCGAUUCUAUUCGUGCUUCUAUGACCGGUGUCAAUACACUCUUCUUGCUCACUCCAUUCACAUCGAAACUUUUAGAAUGCAGAAAACAAUGGAUCGAUAUGGCAUUGGAGUUGGGUAUUCAACAUAUACUACAUACAGGAAUACAUCAUUCCGAGUUGCCAGACGAAGAACUGCCACGACAUGAACUUUGGAAUCGCCAGGUCGAACAAUACUUGCAGUCACUACAUAAAGAUAGAAUCAACUAUACUUUGUUGAGAAUCAAUUUCGAUGGAUAUAACGGUGUAAUAUCGCCAGCUGGAAACAUCAGUUAUUUCAUACCAACCAAUUUGAAUUGUGGAUGGAUCGCGCGUGAAGAUAUCGCGGCAGUAGCAGCAAGAGUAUUGCUCCGUCCAGAACAACACAACUCAAAGAUCUACGAAUUGUCAGUGGAGGCAAUCUCGCUAAAUAAGAUGGCAAUCGAUGCCAGUGAAGUAUGUAACAAAACCAUAGUGGCAGUCUCGAAAACACCGAGUGACUUCCUUACACUUGCACUCUCACCAAUGGCAAAUCCUGACAAUGACCAAGGUUACAUUGAAUAUAUGAAAUCGGUCGCCGAUAUGUUCAAAGGCUUGCUCGACACCAAGGAGAAAGGUACAUAUAAACACAAGCUAGAGAUCUUUCCAGAGGUUGUACAGGCCGUUUGUAAUAGACAGCCUAUUACCUUCAAACAAUGGCUAGCAGGAUCACCACAUAAAAAUAAACUAUUACAAUAA